GCUUUGCUUUUCCCCCCCUUUUUUUCCCCCUUUUUAAGAGGAUCCUCAGUCACCACCUCGCCUGCCCAGCAGCACCACCGCGCACCGCUCCUAACGGGGUUUGCUUUGUUUUUACGAUUUCCCCCAACGAAUCACUUGUCAGAUCAAUUUUAUCUUCCCCCUCCUCCCUGCUUCCCACUCUCCCCUCCUCCCCAGCGAAAACCCCGUGCUCGGAGGUUAGACAUCCGAACAGACCGUAAAUGUUGUUUUUCGAAUUGUGAUUUUUUUUUCUGUUUCCCUCUUUUUUUUUUUUUUGAAACCCCCCUCUCCCAUGGCUACCCUCCUGGACGUUGCUUUCUGCCCUUCCCCCGCUUAGGGGGCGGGGUAGGGGAAGAGAAAAUAAUACAAUUUCAGGGGAAGUCGCCUUCAGGUCUGCUUUUUUUUUUUUUUUUAAUUAAAAAAAAGGGGGGGGGACAUAGAAAACAUCAGUCUUGAACUUCUCUUCAAGAACGCGGGCUGCAAAGGAAAUCUCCUUUGUUUUUGUUAUUUAUACGCUGUCAAGUUUUGAAGUGGUGAUCUUUAGACAGUGAUUGAGUAUGGAUCAUUUGAACGAGGCAACUCAGGGGAAAGAACAUUCAGAAAUGUCUAACAAUGUGAGUGAUCCGAAGGGUCCACCAUCCAAGAUUGCCCGCCUGGAGCAGAACGGGAGCCCGCUAGGAAGAGGAAGACUUGGCAGUACAGGUGCAAAAAUGCAGGGAGUGCCUUUAAAACACUCGGGCCAUCUGAUGAAAACCAACCUUAGGAAAGGAACCAUGCUACCAGUGUUCUGCGUGGUAGAACACUAUGAAAAUGCCAUCGAGUACGAUUGUAAGGAGGAGCAUGCGGAAUUUGUGUUGGUGCGAAAGGACAUGCUUUUCAACCAGCUGAUAGAGAUGGCGUUGCUGUCUCUGGGUUACUCGCAUAGCUCUGCUGCCCAGGCCAAAGGGCUAAUCCAGGUUGGAAAGUGGAAUCCAGUUCCCCUGUCUUACGUGACGGACGCCCCCGAUGCGACAGUGGCUGAUAUGCUUCAAGACGUCUAUCACGUGGUCACACUGAAAAUUCAGCUGCACAGUUGCCCCAAACUAGAAGAUUUGCCUCCCGAGCAGUGGUCGCACACGACAGUGAGGAACGCACUGAAGGACUUACUGAAGGAUAUGAAUCAGAGUUCGUUGGCCAAGGAGUGCCCCCUCUCACAGAGCAUGAUUUCCUCCAUUGUGAACAGCACUUACUAUGCAAAUGUCUCGGCAGCAAAAUGUCAAGAAUUUGGAAGGUGGUACAAACAUUUCAAGAAGACAAAGGAUAUGAUGGUUGAAAUGGAUAGUCUUUCUGAACUCUCCCAGCAAGGUGCCAACCAUGUCAAUUUUGGCCAGCAGCCGGUCCCAGGGAACACAGCCGAGCAGCCUCCGUCCCCUGCACAGCUCUCCCAUGGCAGCCAGCCCUCUGUCCGGACCCCUCUUCCGAACCUGCACCCUGGGCUUGUAUCAACGCCUAUUAGUCCUCAGUUGGUCAACCAGCAGCUGGUGAUGGCUCAGCUUCUGAAACAGCAGUGUGCAGUGAACAGACUCUUAGCCCAGCAGUCCUUAAACCAGCAGUACUUGAACCACCCUCCCCCUGUCAGUAGAUCUAUGAAUAAGCCUUUGGAGCAACAGGUUUCAACCAACACAGAGGUGUCUUCCGAAAUCUACCAGUGGGUACGCGAUGAACUGAAACGAGCAGGGAUCUCCCAGGCAGUAUUUGCACGCGUGGCUUUUAACAGAACUCAGGGCUUGCUUUCAGAAAUCCUCCGCAAGGAAGAGGACCCCAAGACUGCAUCCCAGUCUUUGCUGGUAAACCUUCGGGCUAUGCAGAAUUUCCUGCAGUUACCGGAAGCGGAAAGAGACCGGAUAUACCAAGAUGAGAGGGAAAGGAGUUUGAAUGCUGCCUCAGCCAUGGGUCCAGCCCCCCUGAUAAGCACACCGCCCAGCCGUCCUCCCCAGGUGAAAACAGCUACGAUUGCCACUGAGAGGAAUGGGAAGCCAGAGAACAAUACCAUGAACAUUAAUGCUUCCAUUUAUGAUGAGAUUCAGCAGGAAAUGAAGCGCGCUAAAGUGUCCCAAGCACUGUUCGCAAAGGUUGCGGCCACGAAAAGCCAGGGAUGGCUGUGUGAACUGUUGCGCUGGAAAGAAGACCCUUCGCCGGAGAACAGGACCCUGUGGGAGAACCUCUCCAUGAUCCGGAGGUUCCUCAGCCUUCCUCAGCCAGAGCGCGACGCCAUCUACGAGCAGGAGAGCAACGCCGUGCACCACCAUGGCGACAGGCCACCCCACAUCAUCCACGUUCCAGCCGAGCAGAUCCAGAGCCCCUCUCCCACCACCCUUGGGAAAAGAGAGUCUAGAGGCGUUUUGUUGCCAGGCCUGCUGACCCCUGCACCAUGGCUCAGUGGUGCUCCUCAGCAGCAGCAGCCACAGCAGCAGCCGCAGCAGGUGCAGCCACCGCCGCAGCCACAGCCUCAGCCUCAGGCAGGGCCCCGGCUCCCCCCACGGCAGCCCACCGUGGCCUCGCCCGCCGAGUCAGACGAGGAGAACCGGCAGAAGACCCGGCCGCGAACCAAAAUCUCCGUGGAAGCCCUGGGCAUCCUGCAGAGUUUCAUCCAGGACGUAGGCCUGUACCCGGAUGAAGAGGCCAUCCAGACCCUGUCUGCCCAGCUUGACCUCCCCAAGUACACCAUCAUCAAGUUCUUUCAGAACCAGCGGUACUAUCUUAAGCACCAUGGCAAGCUGAAGGACAAUUCCGGCCUGGAGGUGGACGUGGCGGAAUAUAAGGAGGAGGAGUUGCUUAAGGAUUUAGAAGAGAGCGUCCAAGACAAGAAUGCUAACACCCUUUUUUCAGUGAAACUAGAAGAAGAGCUAUCCGUGGAGGGGAACACAGACAUUAACGCCGAUUUGAAAGACUGAGGUUCAAGUAUUAUUUUCAUUCAGCAGUGCCACUGAUCCUUUCUAGCAGAACGAAAAGUCCACCUUGUACUUGCUCAGAACACCUUGGUGGUUCAUUGUUUGGCCAAUGAAUCUUCAGAAACUUGCACAGACAGGAAAGAUGGGACAGGAAAACACAGACUGCACUAAAUGUUUUACUCUGUUUUACAAACUGCUUGACAGCCCCAGGUGAAGCAUCAAGGAUUGUUUGGUAUUAAAAUUUGUGUUCACGGGUUACACCAGGGUGCGUUGCCCGUCAGCAUGGUAUCAGUGAUUUUUUUUAAUUACUAUUAUUCUGGAGCCUCCAACAAGCAUUAUAACUUCUGUGAUUAUGACUUCCUUUCUUUUAAUUAUUUCUGUAACACUCCACACUGAUCUUUGGAAACUCGCCCCUUAUUUUAAGAAAAAAAAAAGAAAAAAAGAGUUUGUUACUCUAUUGUAUGUUACAGAAGAACUAUAGACUGUGGAAUGCAGUUUAAAGAUGACAUAUGCCAACAAAUGCCUUGUAUCAUAUGGCACUGCCGUAAUUCGAAUUUGUUUUUAUUUUGGAAAUAAAAGUUCAUUGUAAUUUUUUUUUCAUUCUCAUUGUUACCUGAUUUUUUUUUUUAAAAAAAAAGGAAAAGAAAAUGUGAAACACAAUUUAGUCGUCAUUAUUUAUUUGUAGAUCCUUACAGCAUCAUGUUGUAAUUAAUUUUUUGGAAGUUUCCGUUAAAUGUAAUAUUGCUUCUCUUGUUACCAUACUGAUUCUUUUCUAUUUAUAAAUGUAUUUUGAUGGGCAGUAAAACAAAGUGUCUUAAAAGUUUUAAAUAGAGAAAACGUGCUUUACACAGUUGCCUAUAAAAAGUGCUCUAUGUUAUCCAAGCAAUUCAUACUAUAAGCUUCACUCUUACUGUUGUAUGCAAUUUUUACUAUCAUGCAAAUAAGCUUAGGUAAAUAAAACUAAUAGAUCACCUUAGAAAAUUAUGCAAUUAAUGUGAAAAUAAUUGAUGUUUGCAAUGUGUCUUCCUUUGGUUUACAAUCAAUUUUAAAGCUACAUCUGUAUAAAAUUUCUGUAUAAAGGUGUAUUUCUUUUUUAUGAGUUUAUGGCUAUGAAAACACCAGCUAUUUUGUUACAGCUGGCUGUUUUUAUAAGUGUAUCACAAUUUUCUUUAUGCAGAAAUGUUCUGAUUAGGAGUGGUUAUUGACUGUAACUACACAAUUAAAAUUGUUUGUACGGUAUGACAUGGUAGGGUUUGUCUGCUUAUGUGAAGUAACUUGGAAGAAGACUCAAAGGGUGACCCUCACGUAGGUGCAUGUUAAUCCUUUCUUGAUAAUAUUUUGCUGAUUUUAAAAAGAGCAGUUGAAAAGUCACUUGAAACACUGUAAACUUAGAUCACAAGCACAUACUCAUUUAAAGGUAGAUAGGAGAUUUCACAAUGAAAAUGAUGACCUGUUAGGAUUAGCAUUUUGCUUAAUAAACAGGAAAGGAGAUGGUCAGAAGACUCUCCAACAAAAGCAAAAAUCCAGUCUCUAGCAGUUACAUGCUUAGGACGGGUCAUCUGCAUUUACUUCACAAUACUUCAAUUAUGACGACACUUUUCCUUACGCUGAUGUAUAAAUAAUUUUAAAGGCCAUUACUAGUAACAUAAAGUAAGUAGGGGGAAAAUGGACCUUCUGUAUAAAAACGUCUUAAUAGGCAAUGUUUUUUUUACUAGUCGUAAAUGGCAUAAGUUAAUAACUGAGCUCAUUUGGUUAUGUAUGUCAUAACUAUAAGAACUGUAUGCAGAAAAGAAUAACACACCUGGCAUUUAAACACAAUUUUUAAAAUUCUUGCAACAUAAACUUAGGAAAUGCCAGGGCACAAAACGAGGUGUGCUAAUGGUUACAGAAAGAAUUGAGGCCAGUGUUGCUGAUUUUGGUAAUAUAUAUAUAUAUAUUUUUUUUUUCUUUUUUGUAAAACUACGUUUAAUGUUUUGCUUUCUCUUUUUAAAGAUUUCCUAGAUGUUGAUAAGGUAUCUGGGCUCCUUGAGACGUGGCUCUACAAGUGCCCUUUUUCUGUCUGCCAAUCGUUUCCUCAUGCCCCCAUAAGCUGUCUGGUAGGCCCCUAGGCUGCUUUAAUGUUGAACUUGUACUUAAAAAACUGAAAAGGGAUAACUGAAGACUCCCAAUAAUGCUUUAAAGUUCCAUUUACUUUGGAAGCACAGCCGAUGCACUCUGAAGGCAGCUGGAUUGUUAAAAACUUGAAAUAGUAUUGCAAAAGUUUCUAAUACUUUUUAAUCAAGUGAGACAACUCUUAAACAUUCUUGUUCACUAGGAUUCAGAAAACUAUUUGAGCCAAAGGAAUUUGAAUUAAGCAAAUAGAAACUAGAUUUCAUGUGUUGAGAAAAUAAAUAGAAAAUAAAAUAGAACCUUAUAUGCCAUUACGUUUACAUAUGUAAUACGUUUGCAUAUCUAUAUCUAUAUGUGUAGAUACCCAUAGCUUCUUUUCCCCAAGUUUAAGGGAAAAGUUUACAUAUAAUAGAAUAGAUGUCUUUU